AUGAGAUUGAGCGAAAAAUUCCAAGUUUGUGGUAUUCCAAGUUUGGUCGUUCUCACAUCAUCAUGUGAUGUUCUUACUAUGGAUGGCGUCGAAGAGGUGCAGUCAGUAUCUGAUGAAGCUUUGCAACUGUGGUCACAAGGUAAAUGUGUCUUUUGGACGCGUCCACCAAGUGAAGGUGAACACGUUUGGGAAGGUAUUACCUGCACUUUAUGCCAUAUGUAUCCUCUUGUCGGUACCCGUCGUGGUUGCACCCAUCAGGGAUGCAAUAUUAAUCUGUGCGACGCUUGCAUUUCGAACAAUAAACAUGAACAUCCUCUCGCAGAGUAUCUCAUUCCUAAAAAACACUAUUCAUUGGAGCAAAUAUUUGCCUCUGUGCCUCAUUUACUUGGUCCGAACAAUGAGGAACAAAUCGAGACAAGAACACUAUGGAAAGAUGAUGUCAAAAGUAUCGGAAUAUAUUUUUCUGCUGACUCGUGUCCCCCAGGUCGUGAUAUUACAUCAACAUUGGCUCAAUACUAUACAGAAGCACAAGCCAGUAGGCAUCCAUUUCAAUUAGUCUUUGUGUCAGCUGAUGAAGAUGAAACUUCGUUUAAUAAAUGCCGUGCCAGAAUGCCCUGGCCUGCCGUUCCUUUCAAUGCAGGAGCUUUAUUUGAACUGUAUUUUGAACGUCGUGCCGAUGGAAACAUUUUGACACGUCGUGGUCAAAGGUAUGUUUCGAACAAAGGAGUCGAUGCUCUGAAAGCUUGGGCUCAAGGAGAAAAUUUGCCUCCUCUAUCGGCAGAUGACUUCGAAUGGUGGGGCAUCUAUUGUGAUGGGUGCAAUGUGUCUCCCCUGGUUGGUCAACGUUACUAUUGUUCGACAUGUGGCAAUUAUGAUCUUUGUUCAGCUUGUGAAAAGAAAGGACAUGAUCAUCCACUUGAACUUAUUCCGCAGCCGAAGGAUGAUGAACAUUGA